GUUUCUGCUCAGUCCCCUGUCACAGCAUGCAAAAGACAGGUGGCGGUGAGCUGGAAGAAGGGCAGGAACAGGUUGUAGGAUAUUCUGCACACCGUAGGCAAAAUGCUCCCUGCCAUUCUACAGCAGAGGGGAUCUCUCAUCUGCUGAUCACAGCAGAAAAGGAUGAAGACAAUUAAUUGUUACUUGCUGUUACUUUGCUGGAAAGCAAUUUGUGGUAAUAUCUGUGAGCUGUCCAAUAUCACCAUAGCAGUGGAGAAGGAGGAGUGCAAGUUCUGCAUUAAUGUGAAUGCCACUUGGUGCUCUGGAUACUGCUUCACAAGGGAUCCAGUGUAUAAGUACCCACCGGCAUCAUCAGUUCAACAAACCUGUACUUUCAAGGAGCUUGUUUAUGAAACAGUGAAGAUCCCUGGUUGUGCUGAUCAUGCUGAAUCAUUUUAUUCAUACCCAGUGGCUACAGACUGCCAUUGUGAGUCAUGUAAUAUUGACAACACUGACUGCACUGUGAGAGGCUUAGGACCAAGCUACUGCUCCUUCAACCAAAACGAAAGCAAAGAAUAAUGAGAACUGGAGAUGUUAGUUUAGUUUUGGUUUUCUGUUUUAAGUAUGUAAAUGUAUUUUAUUAAAAUGGUACAAAGAGGGAGGGACAGCAAACAAAGAAAUUUACAUACAGCCAAGUUUAAAACAAGUAUAUUAGCAAUAUAUAAAAUAGAGAGCUACAUCUUAUAUUUGUCCUCCGUGGCUUCCUCUCACAUUACAAAUCAAGGUCAGUUUCUUUGUGAUCAAUUUCGUCGCCCUUCUGACAUUUCUGCCCUUAUCUCAUCCAACACUCCCUUCAAUUCUCUACAUGCCUCCAUUCUGUCUCCCCUCAUGGCUCCAUUUGUCUCCUGCUGCUCUCAGCUUCGCAUCUUAUUCCAUGCCAUCCCUUUUGCUUCACACAGCUUCCCACCAAGCAGCUUUUAUCCCCUCAUUCCAUUCCCCCUUAGAACACAUUUAUUUUUAAAAGCCUUCCAUCAUUGAUCACCUUCUCAACAAUGUCUGCACACCUAUUUUUUCACUCUUAUCCUGCAUAUCUUAAUUAUCUAAAUUAGACUAUACGCCUCUCUGGGCUGGGACCUUCAUUUGUAAUGUGUUUUGUAAAGCAUCAUGUACAUGUAAAGAUAUUAAUAGCUUGCUCAUUAUAAGGAUCUAUAAACAAAGCCCAAGAGUAAUAUUUGCAGGUAGGUCUUAGGGUAGGUCCACGUAGCAAUUAAACACCCGCGGCUGGCCCUGAUCAGCUGACUUGGGCUCAGGCUGCAGGGCUGUAAAACUGCUGGGAGCCCAGUCUCUGAGACCAUGCAAGGUGGGAGGGUCCUAGAACAUGGUCUCCAACCCAAGCCCAAAUGUCUACACCGCAAUUAAAUUGCCCCAUAGCCUGAGCCCUGCAAACCCGCAUCAGCUGUCUUUGGGUCAGCCACAGGUGUUUAACUGCAGUAUAGACGUACCCUUAGUGAUUUAGGAGCCUACAUACCAUUCUAAAAAGUGAAAGUCAAUGGGAAUUAGGCUUCUAAGUCAUUUUUGAAAAUGGGACUUCAGGUGCUCAGUCACUUAGUUGCUUUUAAAAAUUUUACCUCAAAUCUUUUCAGAGUCAUUAUAUUUCCCCUUCAUUGUGGAAUUCUACACAAGAAUGAGGGAUCUUUCUUACCUAGGCCCCAAUCCUGCAAAGACACACUGCUUAACUUUAGACACCGUGUGUAUAGUUAUUCACAUAUAUAUGUCUUGGGAGGAUCAAGGCCUAGGUUGGCAAGAUCCCUUAUUCUUUCAUACAAUUCCACACAAUUGAUGUGAUGAUAGAUUUUUAGAUCUUUACAACAGUUUUAUAUUCAACAAUUGUCUUUUUUGCAGUGAUAAUAUUAGUUUAGUAUUGAUUCUAUAUGGUAUAGUCAUCAAACUAGUAGAGAAAAUGUUUAGUCCAUUGUAUGUACAAAUGGAUAUUAAUGCUUAAGGUUAUUAUGCAUAUAAUUAUCUAGGGGAGAUUAUUAAUAGGGAAAUCUCUCUUAUCAAUAGUAUUUAACUUAUUUAAUUUCAAGACUUUUUUACUGAAAAAAAUAGUUCUCAUGACAAUUUUGUUUGUGAGAUGUCAUUUUGGAGGUCUUUAUUGCUCUACUGAAGUUAUAAGAGACAGAACAAUAAUAUGUAUAUUGAACCUGAUUCUCUUUUCGCUUAGACCAGUCUUAUACUAGAAUAACUCCAUUGAUGGCAGUAGAGCUACUUCUGAUUUGCAUUGGUGUGAGUGAGAUCAGAAUCAAAGUUAUUACUCAUAUUUGGCCCCAAACCACCACUCCUUAGUCAGGCAAGGGAAUUUUAAUUGAAUAAGUAUUACAGGAUAUGGUCUUUAUCUGCAGUGAGAUAGAGAGAGAGAAUAAAUGUGCCUUCAAAAGUGCUUCUGUAAAUUCUAUCUGUGCCUGUUUAUGACUCUUGGAAUAUUAAAAAGGAUUUUGUUGCACUU